UUGUCUAAAAGUAGUUUGUUCAUAUGGAGAAAUUAGAAUAUCUGAAUCAUUGGAAGAAAUGCGUAAUGGUUUUGAUAUUUUUGUGAGUACAAUGGGGAGAAUUAUGCAAUUUAUAUCGGAAGAGAAGGUAAAAUUGACUGGAUUAAAUUUUUUGGUGUUAGAUGAAGCAGAUAAAUUAUUAAAAGAUGAAAUUUUCUUUAGAGAUAUUUUAAAAAUACAAGAAAUAGCAUCAAAGAAUGAACAAAAACAUAGAACUUUAAUGUUUUCUGCAACAUUUGAUGGAAUUGUUGAGGAAUAUGCAGGAAGGAUUUUACUACCAAAUUAUUUUAUGAUAUCAAUUGGAGGGAGAGAAGUUUUGCCUCAAACUGUUAAACAAAAAUUUGUUGUGUCAACAAAAUAUCAAAAGUUUUCUGUUUUAUGCGAUGAAAUUCUUUCAAAAUUAAAACCAAAAUGUAAAGGAAUAUAUAAAGAUGUUAAUGGAGUUACUUGGAGGAGAUUAAGUAAAAAGGUUGCCAUUUUUUGUAAUUCUCGACGUAUGACAAAUUGGUUGGCUUUAAAAUUAUCAAUUAGAGGAUGGAAAUCAAUUCCAACGAGCGGUGAACGUUCACAAAGACAACGCCAAGAAGCUUUAGUUGCCUUUGAGAAAGGUGAUUGUGACAUUCUUGUUUCGACAAGUGUAAUAUCUAGAGGUUUAAAUUUGGUUGGACUUGAAUUAGUUGUUAAUUAUGAGAUGCCAAAAACUUUUGAUGAUUUUGUCCAUAGAACAGGAAGAACUGGCCGAGCUGGAAAUGUGGGUAGAGCGAUUACAAUAGUUGACCCUGAUUGUUUAUUAGAUUUGAGGCUUGUUACAGAAUUAAUUAAAGAAAUGCAAAAAGAAAAUAUUGAAGUUCCUUCUGCUUUAAUAGAAUUAAAUGGUCCAAUAAAUUCUGACUAA